UACUCAAAAGAGUUGUUUGACUUCUCACAUGAGAAUUCACACUGGUGAGAAGCCUUUUUACUGCACCAUUUGUUUCAUAAGUUUUACCAAAAAGAGUAGUUUGGCUUCUCACAUACGAAUUCACACAGGUGAGAAGCCUUUUCCGUGUAAAAUUUGUCACAAGAAUUUUACCUUAAAAAGUAGUUUGACUAAACACAUUAGAAUUCACACUGGUGAGAAGCCUUUUUCCUGUAACAUUUGCAACAAGAAUUUUACUCAAAAUAGUACAUUGACUUCUCACAUGAGAAUUCACGCAGGUGAAAAGCCUUUUGAAUGUGUAUCCUGUGGAAAAAGCUUCACAUACAAGUCUGAGCUGAAUACACAUGUCAGAAUUCACACAGGUGAGAAACCUUUUUCCUGUUCAAUGUGUAACAAGAAUUUUAAUCGAAAGACUAAUUUGACUAAACACAUGAGAAUUCACACGGGUGAGAAGCCUUUUUCCUGCGCCAUUUGUAACAGGAAUUUUACUCAGAAGGGUACUUUGACUUCUCACAUAAGAAUUCACACUGGUGAGAAGCCUUUUUCCUGCACGGUUUGUGGCAAAACCUUUACUCUAAAAUGUCUUUUGACUAGACACAUCAGAAUUCACACAGGUGAGAAGCUGUUCUCCUGAAUGAUUUUUGACAAAGGUUUUAAAAGAGAAGGCAAUUUGAAUUAAAACCAUUUGUUUCACAGAGGUUGCAGCAAUUAGAAGCCACGGGAAUGAACAGUAGAGGCGUUUUCCAUGUUUGACUGGUGAUAAAACUCCUUCACCUCAUCACAUCAGAAACUCAAGGGUUAAUGGUUUUUGUGAGCAAAGUUUUGAGAAAGCCAUUAAUUAAUAGCUCUGUCACAUAGAAACUAGAAAAGAUAACGUGUUAUAUUGUAAACCUGGUAAAUAUUCAGCUCCUGGGUGAAUAUGUGGAUGUGAACAUUUGUAAAUUUAUUAUUUAGGGCCUGAGUAAAUUUCAUUUAGAUGGCAAAAAACAUUGCCCUAAAAAAUAUAUUUUAUAUUCAAAAUUUCUUAUUAUUUUCUUCAAUGAAGGGAACAAACAAAGUGCAAAGACAACAUCUUGGUUACAGAUAAAGCAAUUGAGAAGUUAUAGAUGCUGAAUUUUUAUUUUUUUAUAACAUCGAAUUUUAAACACUGAAUUUUAAACACUA